GAUUCGGGGUGUGUGUGGGGGGGGUUCCUCACAGAAGCUUCAUCGCCUUCCCGCCAUCGCCCGGCUCGCCGAGCCCCCCGGCCCCACCCUGAGGCCAUCUUCCCCGCUCCCCCCCCUCAUCCCCGGUUCCUUCUUCCUCUGCGCGGCUGCGCCCCAUCCUCCGCUCCCCUCCCCCGCUCUUCCUCCUGCCUGCCGCACUUCUCCUUUCCCUUCGUCCUCCCCUUCCGCCGCUCCCUCAGUUCGCCUGGGCACCGGGGUGGGCCCCUUCCCCUCUGCCGGGGCCCCUUCUUCCUCCUCCUCCUCCUCGCCCACCCGUUCUUCACGGCCCCCCGCAAGGAGAGAAGGGCGGCUCAGGAAGGCAUAUGAAAUCUGCAACACCUCUCCUGCAUUAAUGAGGGUGCAGCACAGGACAAUAAUGAAUUUACAUGUUUGACAGCAGAAGUUGGCUUUCUACUGUACUGAGAGAAAAUAUUUCUGGUUGUUUCAGAGGUGGCAGUGAAGCACACCUUUAGCACAGGAAAAUGAGUGAGCUUGACCAGCUACGCCAGGAGGCUGAGCAACUGAAAAACCAAAUCAGAGAUGCUAGGAAAGCAUGUGCAGAUGCCACCCUGGCUCAGAUCACAGCCAACAUUGACCCAGUGGGGAGAAUCCAGAUGCGCACCAGGAGAACGCUCCGGGGACACCUGGCGAAGAUUUAUGCAAUGCACUGGGGGACUGAUUCCAGGCUUCUAGUUAGUGCCUCCCAGGAUGGCAAACUUAUCAUUUGGGACAGCUAUACUACAAACAAGGUGCAUGCUAUUCCCCUGCGUUCUUCUUGGGUCAUGACUUGUGCAUAUGCUCCCUCUGGAAAUUAUGUGGCUUGUGGUGGUCUUGAUAACAUCUGUUCCAUUUAUAACUUGAAAACUCGUGAAGGGAAUGUACGUGUCAGCCGUGAGCUGGCUGGUCACACAGGAUAUUUGUCAUGCUGUCGUUUCUUGGAUGAUAAUCAAAUCGUCACCAGCUCUGGCGACACCACUUGUGCCCUCUGGGACAUAGAAACUGGUCAGCAGACAACUACAUUUACUGGGCACACUGGAGAUGUGAUGAGUUUGUCUCUUGCUCCUGAUGCCCGGUGUUUUGUUUCUGGUGCCUGUGAUGCCUCUGCCAAGCUGUGGGAUGUCAGGGAAGGAAUGUGUCGGCAAACCUUCACUGGCCACGAGUCGGACAUCAACGCCAUCUGUUUCUUCCCAAAUGGCAACGCGUUUGCCACAGGCUCGGAUGAUGCUACGUGCAGGCUUUUUGAUCUGCGGGCUGAUCAGGAACUUAUGGUUUAUUCACAUGAUAACAUCAUCUGUGGCAUCACCUCUGUAGCAUUUUCCAAGAGUGGACGUCUCCUCCUAGCUGGUUAUGAUGACUUCAACUGCAAUGUCUGGGACACACUGAAAGCUGACAGAGCAGGUGUCCUUGCUGGUCAUGAUAACCGUGUCAGUUGCUUAGGGGUGACUGAUGAUGGAAUGGCAGUGGCAACAGGAUCAUGGGACAGCUUCCUCAAGAUCUGGAACUGAAGUGGAAGAGCGUCGGACUCCAUGACUGGAAGAAAUUUCCAACGGUUGAAAAUGACAAAUGAUAGCAUAUCCAAUCCAACCAUACUAACUUGGAACCCCAUCCUCCCCAGCGUCAAAGGGCAAGAUCUUUUCCGUCUCCUGUUGCUGAAAUGAAGAGCACAAUUACCUUUCCAAGAAGAAUUUCUGUGUUGUAAGCAAAAUGAAAUUGUGCAUUCCUUUUGGGACCAUUUUUCUUUCUUUUUCUUUUUUUUUUGUUUUUGGUUGUCUUGAGGAUUUUAAAAUGAAACACUAUCAUAAAAGCAUGACCAGAAAAUAAACCUGAGCAUAAUUGUGAAACAGCUUUCACUGUAGUUUCCAAGUUGAAGUUAAGGACUUUAUCUCACACACUUGCAAAUUUUAAAGUCAUGUUUGUAGCAGGAUUUUUUUCAAGUUUCCUUUUUAAAUACAUUUCUUUAUGUAUUUAAUUGAGCAAAACAAGGGAGUCCUAGCCCAGAGUAUCUGGGGGUUGUUAACGCUGUAAAUUUAGUCCCUAAUUUUUUUUAUUUUAUUUUCUAGUAUCACGGAUAAUUGUUGCACAAAACUUGGCAUAUAUAGGAUAAUGUUAAGCAGUAAGGUAACCAAGCACAUGCUGUAAAAGGUAAUGAAUGCUUGUUUAAAGAACCCUUUCACCUUUUAUGGAUAACAAACGCAAUCCUUGGUCCCUCCUGCCCCCCCUUUUUUCACCACACUGAUUUUUUUAAUCUGUUUUGGUUUUGUCCACUUGAAAGGGCAGUUUAUAUAUCCUAACACUAUCCUAUAAGUCUCAACAACCAGGAAUCUCUGUUUUCAAAAGAGACCUGUCCUACACUUGGGUAUUGAGUCAAUUCUUUGUGUAUGAAAUGAUGUACAAAUCAAUGUUUUGAAAAUAAUGAUCUUGAACUUUCUAAGUUAAACAAAAAAAAAACCUUUUUUGAUUGUUUGCCAUAUUGGGUGGGUUUACUCUUAGAAUCGCAUGCUGUAGAAAUGCUAAAAAGUGCAUAUUGGACUAAGUCCUUAGAUGUUUUUUCUUUGAAGAAAUAACCUGUUUAAAAACUGUAACCAUUGUCGCUCUGUAUUCAUUUAUUGUUGCUACUCUGUGCAUAAAUCUAUGAAGAACUCAAGUACAAAGCUAUGCACGUUUUGGAGUAGCGUGAUAAGUCACUUUUUUUUUCUUUUUUUUUUUUUUUUUUUUUUUUUUUUUUUUUUAAAAAAAGAAACAGCCUGUUCAAACAAUCGCUGUCAAAGAUUCUGGGGUGUGGGAGGAGGGAACCUAAGACCAUCUUCUUUAUAAAUCAGUUCCUCACGGCCAGUUCCUCUUGUAGGAUGAGUCCUUUGCAUCUGAUCAGAGUCAUUUUUGUAACGAGCAGGUUUUCCUGGCUUUCUUUUCAAAUAAAAUGUUAAAAGCAGCAGUGUUUGGACAGCAGAUUGUUCUGUUAAACUUUCCUAUCUUCUCACUGUAUCCAGAAAUGCUCCUUCCUAGCAGCAGUAGUAGCUUUUCUCCAUUUUGUUUUUUCUGCAACAUUCUGUACAAAAAUGUGCUGUAAUUGUGCGUUAGGCCUGGAUUUGGCAUAAAAGAUGAAUUCCCUCUUACUCUCUCUCAUGAAACUACUCUGUAGAGCUUUCUCCACGCCCUGUAUCCCUCUUCACCUUUUGUAUUUAAUUUUAAAGUCAGUGUACUUCAAGAAAGCUGGAUGCAAGAUAGAUACUAUAUUAAAAUGUAAUGUUAUUUAAGAUGUAAUAAAGCAGUUUGACAUGAG